AAAAGAGUAAAAGAUAGCGUGGAUGGCCAAACGACAUAUCGCAUCUAAAAUUCUUCAAAACUUCGGCGAAUAUUUUAAGUUUGGCGGGUGCGAGCGAAGCUCCGUAGCAUCAGGCAUUUCGAGGGAUGUGAUAUUCAGUUACAUUUUGAUGCAAGCUUAGCCUUGGGUAUCCCAGUGUUUUCCUAGAAAACAUUUGCACACCAUGGAUGGCCAAGGUAGCUCUUCUGAUCAAGUCAUUGCGAAGCUGAUUGAAAUGGGAUUUACAAAUUCCUCCGUCAAGGAUGCUGUACAAGCAGUGGGUUCAUCAUUUGAUGAUGCUCUUGAAUACAUAUUAAACAGCUGUGAUAGAAACAGUGAGAGAGCAACAAGUAGUUCUAGAUGUUCCCCAAGCAAUGGAAAGGCUCCGAGGAAAAGAGCUUUGUCCUCCUUGUCUGCAUUGAGUCAAAUGCGACAGUCUAGCAUAGUUGAACAUUUCCAAUCCUCUCGUAGACCCAAACAUAGCAAGAUGGAUGCUAUAGGUGAUGCAUCAGUUUCUGUAGGUAAAGUAUUUCCUGUUCAUGUUGAACAAUGUAAGCAACCUCUUUCAUACGAAAGUUAUCACGACAGAAAUUCAACAGAAACAUUUACAUUUAAUUGCCCACAAGAGGUGGAUUCAGGAUCAGAUUGGGAGCAAAAAGUUAAUGGUAUUUUGCAAAAGCAUUUUGGUUAUUCAUCCUUGAAAAAGUUUCAGAGAGAAGCCUUGACUGCUUGGCUAGCUCACCAAGACUGUCUUGUUCUUGCUGCAACAGGAGCAGGAAAAUCUCUGUGUUUUCAGAUUCCAGCAAUACUGACAGGGAAGGUUGUUGUUGUGAUUUCACCCUUGAUAAGCUUGAUGCAUGAUCAGUGCUUGAAACUUGCAAAAUAUGGGGUCUCUGCUUGCUUUCUUGGCUCUGGGCAACCAGAUAGUACUGUAGAGAAUAAGGCAAUGAAAGGCAUGUAUAGCAUAAUAUACAUAUGCCCUGAAACGGUUAUAAGACUGAUAAAACCACUUCAACAUUUAACAGAAAGCCGUGGAAUCGCACUAUUUGCAAUUGAUGAAGUCCAUUGUGUUUCUAAGUGGGGCCAUGAUUUUCGGCCAUACUACAGGAGGUUGUCAGUAUUGAGAGAGAACUUCACUGCUAGCAGUUUAAAAUUUUUAAAGUCAGAUAUACCGAUAAUGGCAUUGACUGCAACUGCCACAAUUCAGGUUCGAGAAGACAUUAUCAAGUCCCUAGCUAUGUCGAAUGAAACAAAGGUUGUGCUUACUUCAUUUUUCAGGGAAAACUUGAGGUUUUCGGUAAAACAUAGUCGAACAUCUUCACGGUCUUCUUAUCAGAAGGAUUUCCAAGAACUUAUAGAUAUUUAUGUGACAAAGAUAAAAACAGGUGAAAAGAAACAACAUAUCUUUUCGCAAGAAUUAGGCAAUGCAUCUGAUACUUCUGUUAAUAAUAGCAUAUCAGAGCAAGAUGACAUUUCUGAAACUGAUUUGAGCGACAUUGAGGAUGGUUACUACGACAUAGAUGAUGAAGUAAAUUCAACUAAGAAAAAUGGUUCAAGGGCUACUAAGGGAAAAGAAAUGUCAGUAGAGUACUUGGAAAAUGAAGUUGACAUCUAUCAGAGUGUAGAUGAUUGGGAUGUUGCCUGUGGUGAAUUCUGUGCACAAUCUCCUCUUCGGGACAGGGAUAUCAGUGGGUUUAAGACUGUGGGUUCCCCAAAAGGACUGGAAGAAGGACUAAAAUGUAUACAGGAGACUUCAGACCAAGGACUAACUAUCAUAUACGUCCCCACUAGAAAAGAAACAUUGAGUAUCACAAAGUAUUUAUGUGGGUGUGGUGUGAAGGCUGCUGCUUAUAAUGCAGCGUUGCCAAAAUCCCAUCUACGUCAGGUUCACAAGGAAUUUCAUGAAAACACUCUGGAGGUUGUUGUAGCAACAAUUGCUUUUGGAAUGGGAAUUGACAAAUUAAACGUCAGAAGAAUUAUCCACUAUGGUUGGCCACAGAGUCUGGAAACAUACUAUCAAGAAGCAGGUCGAGCUGGAAGGGAUGGAAAAUUAGCUGAUUGUGUCCUUAUUGCAAACCUAACGAAAGUACCAUCCCUUUUGCCGAAUAAAAGAAGUGAGGAGCAGAUAAAGCAAGCAUAUAAAAUGUUGUCUGAUUGCUUCAGAUAUGGAAUGAAUUCUUCUAGUUGUCGUGCUAAAACGCUGGUGGAGUAUUUUGGAGAGGAAUUCACGUAUCAGAAGUGUCACUUGUGUGAUGUAUGUGUUAAUGGACCUCCAGAAAAGCAGGAUUUGAGUGAGGAGGCAGAUAUCUUUAUGCAAGUUAUUGCUGCAUAUUAUGGAAAGAGAACUCCACUAGUUGGGUCAUACUACGAUGUUAUAAGCAGUGAUAAUAAACAGCAGAGUUUCAUGGAGAAACCUAACUUAAGAACGUUUGUCAGUAAAAUAAGGGAGCAGUCUCAAAAGUUCAUGGCAACUGAUCUGCUCUGGUGGCAAGGUCUUGCUCGAAUUUUGGAAAGUAAAGGGUUCAUCAGAGAGGGAGACGAUAAGACCCAUGUCCAGUUGAAGUUUCCAGAGCUAACAGAGCAGGGAAUGGAGGUACUGCAAUCCAAGGAGGAUGAAACUUUUUAUGUGUACCCUGAAGCAGAUAUGCUGCUCUCUGAGAGUCAGAGUCGGUCCAAACCUUUUUCAAGUUUCUCAGACUGGGGAAAAGGCUGGGCUGAUCCUGAGAUUCGUCGCCAGCGUUUAGAGAGUAUGCGAUUCAACAGAAACCCGGUCAAACCAACGGGGUCAAGAUGGCCAAGAAAAUCAGGAAAGCAACGGAAAAGAAAAUCAAGUAAACAUAAUGCAGAUAUGAGAACUGUUCGAGGUAGAAUAGCAGCAAAAAUAUCAAAAAAGAAGUAUUAAAAUACAGUCAGUGAAUUUAUUGACACUCUGAAUUCUAAAAUAGAGUGUACGAGUUGAAUUCAUGAUAGCUUUAUUUUGUACUCAGGUGAUGAAUUACUGUGCAACUAAUCGAUUUGUCAUCGAGGAUGAGCAUUUUCUGCUCCUACUCCUGAUUUCUUCCUUUUACAA